CCGACUUCCUUGCAUCCGUCGCACUUGAACGGCGCCUCGGCGUAAUCGAAUUUGAGAGUGUGCCUAGGGUGACUGAAAUGGGAGAUUUCACCGUAUUUCAUGGCGGAGGUGAAUUGGCUUGAAUUGUGAAUCCGAUCAUCAGAUAUAGAGUAAUAAUGGUGAAUCUUAAUGGAGAAGGCGGAAUAAGGCAUAAGGUGAUUUUGUACAUAUUUGUGCCAGACCUUCCUCUCGAAAUCUACUCCUGUUGAUAAUUUGUGCACACAAGCUGUUUGAUGAAAUUCCAGGCACACAUCAAUGGCGUUCUUUCGAGCUGUUUUUCAAAACUGCCGCUACUCUUUGCAUUAUGUUCCCAAACCAGUUCCGUUUUCUUCAUUGCCUGUAAUGCAUCCCGGUGAUGCUUUGGUGGCUACCGCCGUCUCAAUCCUGAAACACCACCGCUCGAAACGCCGGUGGUCCAACCUCCGAUCUCUUCUGAUAUCAAAUAAAUAUCUCACCCCAUCUCAAUUUUCACAAAUUGCAAUUGAACUCCGUAACAGGCCACAUAUAGCUUUAGCUUUCUUUCGCUUUACAACCAAACAUUCUCUUUCAUCCCACUCGCUAUCCUCCUACGCCACCUUGAUUCACAUCCUCUGCCGCUCAAGGCUCAGGUACCAUGCCUUGACUGUAAUUAAAUCAGCCAUGUGUAGUUUCUGUGAAACCCCAAUUGCAUUUCUUCAGGCACUGAUCAAAACUUACAGAGCUUGUGAUUCAGCCCCAUUCGUAUUUGAUUUGUUGGUUGAAGCAUGUCUGGAGUCCAAAAAGAUCGAUAGUGCUAUUGAAAUUUAUGAGUUACUGAAGUCGAAGAAUGUGUUUUUGAAUGCAUCUACUUGUAACUCUUUGCUUGAAUUGGUUUCGAGGAGCCGUGGUUGCUAUGCUGCAUAUGAUCUGUACAGACAAAUUUUUCAGGAUUGUGUGACUGAAAAUGGAGAACGUGGUAAAGGUUUGCUCCCUAAUACAAAAACCAUGAAUUUGGUUAUGAUGGGCUUUUACAGAGAAGGGUUGGUAGAUAAGGUUGAGGAGGUGUGGCAAGAAAUGGCGGGGAUCAGCUGUGAGCCGAAUCUGUAUAGUUUUAAUUUGUUAAUGGCAAUGUACUGUGAUGCUGGAAGAAUGGAGGAUGCCAUGAAAGUAUGGGUUGAAGUGGAGAAUAGAGGUUUGAAACAUGAUGUAAUGGCAUUCAAUACAAUGAUCGGUGGCUAUUGCAAAGUGGGAGAGCUCAGUAAGGCUGAGGAGAUUUACAGGAACAUGGUGAUGAAAGGUUUGGAUAGCACUUGUAUUACAUUCGAGCAUCUCAUAAAUGGGUAUUGUAAGAUUGGGGAUUCGGAUUCUGCAAUGAUGGUGUACGAGGAUAUGUGCAGGAGAAAUUUUAUUCCAGAAAGUUCAAUUGUUAAUGAAAUUGUGAGGUGUCUCUGCGCGAAAAAUGAGAUCCCGGCAGCAUUGGAGUUUUGGACAAGUUCAAUGAAGAAGCAUGAAGCAGUUCUAAAGAGUGAGAAUUACAAGAACUUGAUAAAGGGUUUGUGUGAGAAAGGAAAGAUGGAAGAUGCUUUAGAGCUUCAGGCAGAGAUGGUGAGAAAAGGAUUUGAACCGGAUAUGGAGAUUUAUGGUGUAUUCAUUGAUGCAUACACGAAACAGGGGAAUGAGACAAUAGCUGAGAAGUUGAGGAAAGAAAUGCUUCUAGAAGCUGAUGGAUGAUUAUUGGACAAGACCUUGCCGCCAUAAGUCUAGGCAGAUAAUGAUCUCAAGGAAGAACAGUACUCAAAGUAAGUUCCUAGGUGGGUUUUUCCAUCACAACUUUUAUUUUAAAUUUCGAACAUGUUGUCCUUAAUCUGAUAUUAUUCUUUCUUUGAUCGGUUAAUCUGAUGGAGUAUUAUUAUGUUAAUAUAGUAUUGCAUUAGUUGGCGAUCUCUAUGAGAUGUGAGGCAGUGAUUGAUUGUUAAGAAAAGGCAUUUUAAAAUACGUUAGUAUUCAAUCCACACUCUUAAAAUAUUAAGUAUUCAACCUUUCAUAAAAUUCAAAUUUAUUGAAUUCUCAUUGAAAAUUAUGAAUACAUGGACUGUUUUAUUAAUAUUAUUAUAAAUUUUUAAUAAAAAAUAAUAUUUUACAAUUAAAAUAUACUAUCGAAUGAUUACUAAAUUUUUUGAGACUUAUGUGUUAUUAUAUUUUAAAUAUAAUUGUUAAAUAAUAUUAUUGUUUUAUUCUAAUAAUUUUGUAUUGCUAUGGUCGGUCUGGUAUUUAUAUGUUUUUUCAUUGAAUAGUUGGUUUUUAUUUUUUAAUGUUUUCUAAUUGGGCAUAUAGACAUUCCAGCCCGUUUUAAGGUUUGAUUUGGUAUUGUGUUCAUAUAAUGC